AUGCAAUUUUUAAGUUCUAGGAAUAUAAUUUAUAGUGCUGCAGUUAAGGGAGGCUAUGGUUCUGGAAGCUACAAUUCUCAGACUGGCUCUUCAGGUGGUCUAGUGACAAGUGGAAGUUCUGGUUCAGACACUAGAAGCCAGCUUCAGGACUCUCGACGUGCUUCAGUUGGAAGUGGUAGUCUUGUGGGUAGUGCAGCCAGUAUGGGCAUGUCAGGGUAUGGUGUAAGUCGGUCAGUUAGUGUUCAAGGCUCUGACACUAUCCGUUCUUCCAUGGUCUUGAUGCCAUUGCAAAGUAGUGAUUCUGUUCUUAAGCCAGAGCAGCUAAUUUACCAAAUUCCUCUGCAGACCAGCAAUGACUCUGUGGCAGAGCCCAGCAGUCAACCGCUAGUGCAGACAAUCUCCCAAUCCAGCAGUCAGCAAUCAGGACAAGCCAGCUCUGGAUCCAUGGCCCAGUCUAGCACCCUGCAGUUAACCCAGACCAGUGGCCAACAAUUAGCACCGGCCAGCUCCCAGUCUGCAAGGCAGUCAAAUAGAGGGCCCCUUGAGCCUCAGAGAGAUCGACUUUGGCAAACUGGUUCUAGGCUUUUUUCAGGUUCCAGGCCAGUUCAGGAUGCAAGCUCUGGCUAUUUCAAGCCUUUGCCCCCCAAAAAUGAAUCCAUGUCACUGCCUAGCUACCAAAUAGUGCAACACAGCAGUGAGUUGAACAGCCCUCAGCUAGCUCAGGCUAGCUAUGCACUUAUGAGUCCGUCAUCCCGCCAGCAAUUAGCCCAAUCCAGUGGCCAGCAACCAGUACAAACUAGCUAUGAAACUGUAGCUCAACCAAGCAGCCAGCAACUAGCACAGGCCAGCUUUCAGUCUGUGGCCCAGGCCAGUAGCCAUCUAGCACAAGCCAGCUACCCACCUGUGGCUCAUCCCAGUGUCCAACCAGCACAAGCCACUGACCUGCCUGUGGUUCAGCCCAGCAGCCAACAACUAGAACAGGCCAGCCAAUCUGUUGUCCAGUCCAGUGGACCGCAACCAGCACAGGGCAGCUAUGUGUCUGUGGCACAGCCCAGUAGCCAACAAGCACAAGUCAACUUCCAAUCUGUGGCCCAGGCCAGCAGUCAGCAAUUCCCACAGGCCACUGACCUGUCUGUGGUUCAGCCCAGCAGCCAGCAACUAGUUCAGGCCAGCCAAUCUGUUGCCCAGUCCAGUGGACCGCAACCAGCACAGGGCAGCUAUAUGUCUGUGGCACAGCCCAGUAGCCUGACUCUUUUCAAGCCCCAAAAAGGUAGGCUUCAAUUUGUUUCCAAGCUCUUUUCUGGUACCAGGCCACUCCAGAAUCCAAGUCAUAGCUCUGUAGUUCAGUCAAGUAGCCAACGACCAGCACAAGCCAGCUACCAGUCAGUGGUCCAGCAACCAGCAUCAGCAGAAGCUGGUUACCCAUCUGUGGCUCAGCCCAGUAUCCAACAACCAGCACAAGCCACUGACCUGCCUGUGGUUCAGCCCAGCAGCCAACUACUAGAACAGGCCAGCUCUCAGUCUGUGGCCCGGCUCAGCAGCCAGCAACUAGAACAGGCCAGCUCUCAGUUUGUUGCCCAGGCCAGCAGUCAGCAAUUCCCACAGGCCACUGACCUGUCUGUGGCUCAGCUCAGCAGCCAGCAACUCCCUCAGGCCAUUGACUUGUCGGUGUCCCAGCCCAGCAUCCAACAACCAGUGCAAGGCAGUGGCCAGUCUGUAGCCCAAACCUCCAGCCAGCAACUAGUUCAGGCCAGCCAAUCUGUUCAGUCCAGUGGACCGCAACUAGCACAGGGCAGCUAUAUGUAUGUGGCACAGCCCAGUAGCCUGACUCUUUUCAAGCCCCAUAACGGUAGGGUUCAAUUUGGUUCCAAGCUCUUUUCUGGUACCAAGCCACUCCAGAAUCCAAGUCAUAGCUCUGUAGUUCAGUCAAAUAGCCAACGACCAGCACAGGCCAGCUCCCAGUCUGUGGCUCAGCCAAGUGUCUUAAAACCAGUGCAAACCAGCUAUCAGUCUGUGUCCCAAACGGUUAGGCCACAAGUGGCACAAGUCAGCAGCCAACAGUCACCACAAGCCAGCUACUCUGUGACUCCGCCAAGCAGCCUGCAAACAGCACUAUCCCGCUACCAGUCUGUAGUCCAGCACGGUGAACAAACCGUUUUCAAGCCACUGCAGGCCCAAGGGGAACAACUUUAUCAGGUUGGCUCCAAACUUUAUUCAUGCCAGGAGUAUGUAUUGCAGCCCAGUUACCAGCUUGCAGCCCAACCAGGAUGGACUGAAUAUCAGCCUCCAUCCAGACCAGCACCUCCAUCCUUAGCUCAGAGCAUCAAACCUGUUGUACAGCCUAGUUACCAGGCCCCAGUAAAGCCUGGGCAGGACACCUAUGUGUCUGUGGUGUCACCCAGCAGCCAUGUCCCUCCUGGACCACUGCAAUCAAUACUCCAUUCCACUUUCAGACUAGCACAACUGCCUGAACAGCCUAGCUACCAGCCUCCAGUUCUUCCAAGCCGACUGCCUCUUGCUAAGCACAGACUGCCCAGUUAUGGUUCUGUAUCACAGCUCAGUGGACCGCAAUCUGGACCUUUGAGGCAAUUGCAACAGCCUGGCUACCAACCUCUGGCCAAGCCAAGGCAAGAUGUGUAUCAGCCCCUAGUUAAGCCUAUGCAAUCCAGCUACAAACCCUCAAGCAAGCUAGAACCAUCUAUCUACCAGCCUCAAAUGUUGCCUAGCCACCAGUCACUAGCUCAGUCUGGCUACUCUUCCCCAGUCAUGCCAAAACAAUCCGGAUACCAGGCAGAGUCAAGUUCUGAGACCAUCUCCCAGUCUGGAUACCUGAUGUCUUCUAUGGCAGGGCAGUCCGGUUCCCAGCUUCAAAUGCUGCCUAGCCGCCAGUCACUAGCUCAGUCUGGCUACUUAUCCCCAGCCAUUCCAGUGCAGUCUCGGUACAAGCCCCAGGUGCAGUCUCGGUACAAGCCCCAGGUACAGUCAAGUUAUGAAACCGUAUCGCAGCCUGGUUUCCAAACAUCUAUGCCUAGGCAGUCAGGUUACCAAUCUGUAUCCAGAUCAAGUUCCCAAGCCCUGGUGCAGCCCAGUAGUCGCUUUAUUUCAAGCUAUGAGUCUGUGUCUCAGUCAGUGCAACCUGGGCUUCAGUAUCCAGCACUGAAUUAUCAGCCCGUCACAAACCAGAAUGCUCCUGGACCAGCUCAAAGUAGCCGGCAUUUGUCCCAAGGCAGAUCCAGGUUGUUGCAACAAGUGAAGUCAUAGCUGUUUACUUGUGUUUGCAGUUUUCUGGUUGUGGAUAAUGUUCGUUUUGGAAGUAUCAAUAAAAUGUCAUUAGCAA